AUGACGUCAAGGCGAAGCAGCCAGCAGUAUGUGGUCCCCCAUAGCUGCGUGCUCGCCGUCGCUUUCUUACUACAGCUCCUCUCCCCGUUGCGCGCAUCAGCGUCCCCUCCCAGGCCGUUCUUGGAUUUCACAUUCUCGGAGGCACAGUGUGGCACCUGGGCGGCUGACUAUUCCGCCCUGCACUCCCGCAUUCGCCAAGCUGCCCGCGCCCACGCCAGCACCCUGGCUCAGACUGCUGCUGCUGCUGCUGUUGCUGCUGCUUCUGCAUUACCACUGCCGCCGAUGCCACCACCGGACCCAUCCAUCCGCUUUCUCACAUACGAAUGGCUCGACUCCCCAGGAGGGUUAGGGGACUAUCUCACAGGGCUGGCCACCAGCUUUGCAUGCGCCAUGCUCACAAACCGGGCCUUCAUUGUACGGCACUCCCUCCUGCCGCUUGCAUUCGAGCCGAAUCUCGUUGAUUGGUCCUUCUCAUCGGAGGUUCCUGUGGAGCCGGCUCGAGUGAUGACAGUUGAGCAGGUGAUGAGGGGAUUGGGCGAGAAAGGUGGAGGAGGAGGAGGAGGAGGAGGAGGAGGAGGAGGAGGAGGAGGAGGAGGAGGAGGAGGAGGAGGAGGAGGAGGGGUGGUACAGGAUGGGGAGGUUGUUGUUUUGGACCUGAGGAAUCAGUUUGUCGAGGCCGAUACUUUCUUUGCACAGCUGGAUAAGGCGAUGAACGUGCGCUUGACAUGGAACCGAGGGCUGCUUACCUACUGGCUCGUGCAGGCGGAGGGCAACAAGUGGGGUGAGAGGCUCAGAGACAUGGGCGUGCGACCUCCCUACAGCUUUGGCUGCAUCCUCCGCUAUCUUCUCAAAGGCUCGAGGCAUGGUGGAUGCCCCCCCCUAUCAUCGUUAAAUGGCUCGUCAUCAGCAGCUCUAACGAUCUUAAGACAGCUUUGCGUCUCAAGUACCCUGACAAGGUGUGUGUCUCCUUCUCGAGCCGAUUAUGCACCCUGCUCUCGAUAA